AUGAACUCCACAGUUGGGAUGGAGAAUUUCAGCCUGAGCACCACAUAUGACCCAGACAAACUGUGUAAUCCAGCUGACUACCCCAAAGAGAGGUGGCCCUUUCUCUUUAUGUACCUGGUCAUCAUUAUCAUCGGGAUUCCCUCCAACUCCUUUUUCCUCUAUGUUUCCUGGCAGCACAUCAGAAAGAGGAACACCCUGGGCAUCUAUCUGUUUAACCUGGCCCUGUCUGACCUCCUAUUCACUUUCUACACCAGCGAUGGGCUGCUUUGCUGUAUUGCUCUGAACCGUUACCUGGCUGUGGUCCACCCGCUAAAGUACCCCAUCCUGAGGAGGCUUGACACGGCCGUGAUGAUCAGUGUGGCUAUCUGGGUGCUGGUGAUCUCCUUCAAUACCUCCACCAUCAUCUGGACCGACUCGUACAACUCAGAUGAGCAGAGAGCCAUGUGUUUAGACGUGUUCCCCUUGAGGGACAGUCUGCUACAGGUCAGUGUGGCUCAUUUCGUCCUGGGUUUCCUGUUUCCUGUCCUGCUGGUGUCGUUCUGCUGUCGGGGGAUCUGUGUGGCAGUACGUGCCAACCAGGCCACGGAGGAGCAGGAGAGGAGACAUGUGUCCCAACUCCUGGUGAUGGUGCUGCUCACCCUGGUGCUCUGCUUUGGACCCAUCCACGUUAUGAUGCUCUUGCGGGGGCUUCUGGAGCACUGUGGGAGCCCCUCCUGGCUCUUCCUGCCCUAUAAGGUCAGUAUGGCGAUAUCAGCACUCAACAGCGUGGCUGACCCCUUCCUCUACUGUUUCAUCACCAGGCUGGGCAAGACAAAUGUCACACAGGUGGUACACUACCUCCAGCGGAAGAGAAAGGGGAAUGGUCAGAAGGUGGUGUAA